AGCAGAAAAGGAGGCCCCGAGAUGGGGAAGAAGAGGAAAUUCAGCGGUUUGGAAAUCACCCUCAUCGUCCUCUUCUGCCUGGUGGUGGCCGUGGCCUGUGCCCUCAUCGGGGUCCUGGCCACCAGGAAGGCCCCGCCCCCCGCCCAAAACCCUGACGACCAAUUCUCCCCAACUUGCCCCACUCUGAAGGUGGAGCAGCGCAUCGACUGCAUCCCCGACCAACUCGCCACCAAGUUCUCCCUGCAGCCGGCCCCCGCCGUCACCUACAGGACAAUCGGUGGAAUUCUGGAUUUUUACGUCUUUUUGGGAGACACCCCCGAGCAAGUGGUGCAGGAGUACGUGCAGUUUAUCGGGUUGCCGGUGAUGCCUUCCUAUUGGUCGCUGGGCUUCCACCUCAGCCGCUACGACUACGGGUCCCUGGAGGAGGUGAAGGCCGUCGUGGAGCGGAACCGCGCCAUCGGGCUCCCCUACGACGUGCAACACACCGACAUCGACUACAUGGAGGCCAAGAAGGACUUCACCUACGACAAAGAGAAGUUCAAGGAUCUCCCCGGGUUCCGGGCCUACAUGAACGAGAAAGGGCAAAAAUACAUCAUCAUCCUGGAUGCCGCCAUCAGCAAGGAGCCUCUGGUGGACGGCUCCCCCUACCCCGCCUACGAACGGGGCCAAAAGCGAGGAGUUUGGGUUAACGAGUCCGACGGGGUCACGCCAGUUGUGGGCCAGGUCUGGCCAGGAACCACCGUUUUCCCCGAUUUCACCAACCCCGAGAGCUCCAAAUGGUGGGUGGAGGAAUGUCAAUUAUUUUACCAGCAAGUGCCCUACGACGGCAUCUGGAUCGAUAUGAACGAAGUCUCCAGCUUCGUCGCGGGCUCAGUUAAUGGCUGUAAACAGAACGACCUAAACUUCCCCCCUUUCACACCCCACGUGGUGGAUCGACUCCUCUUUUCCAAGACGAUCUGCAUGGACGCGGUGCAGGCCUGGGGGAGACAAUACGACGUUCACAACCUUUACGGCUACUCCAUGACCCUCUCCACCAAAGAAGCCAUUAAAACUUUGUUUCCUGGCAAACGGAGCUUCCUCCUCACGCGGUCGACGUUUGCGGGAUCGGGGAAGUACUCGGGGCACUGGCUGGGGGACAACACGGCCUCCUGGGACCAGAUGAAAUGGUCCAUCCCCGGGAUGCUGGAAUUCAGCCUUUUUGGGAUCCCUUACAUCGGAGCGGACAUUUGUGGUUUCUUCGAAAACACCACGGAGGAGCUUUGUCGCCGCUGGAUGCAGGUGGGAGCCUUUUACCCCUUCUCCAGGAACCACAACACCGAGAAAUGCACCCCCCAGGAUCCGGCCUUCUACGGAGCCGACUCGGUUUUGGUGAAGUCCUCCAAGCACUACCUGACCAUCCGCUACACCCUCCUGCCCUACCUCUACACCCUCUUCUACCGGGCCCACGUCCAGGGGGACACGGUGGUGAGGCCCCUUCUCCACGAGUUUUACUCCGAGGAGGAGACGUGGGGGGUGGACAAACAGUUCCUGUGGGGGUCCGGGCUCCUCAUCACCCCCGUCCUCGAGCCGGGGGCGAACGUCACCCAGGGCUACGUCCCCGACGCCGUCUGGUACGACUACGACUCGGGCGCGAGGAUCUGGUGGAGGAAGCAAUGGGUGGAUUUUUACUUCCCCCCGGACAAAAUGGGCCUUCACCUGCGGGGGGGGCACAUCCUCCCCACCCAGCAGCCGGCGACCACCACCGUGGCCAGCCGGAAGAAUCCCAUGGGGCUGAUCAUCGCGUUGGACGACAACAACGAGGCCGUCGGGGAGCUCUUCUGGGACGACGGAGAAAGCACCGGUACCAUCGAGAACAAAGCCUACAUUUUAUAUGAAUUUAAAGUUUCCAACAACGUGCUCCAGCUGAACGUCGUCCACGGCAACUACUCGGACCCCGGGAACCUGCGUUUCGAGGAGCUCAAGGUCCUGGGGCUGCCCCAGGAGCCCGUGAACGUGACGGUGGAGGAAAAUGGCCGCCCCCUCCCCCUCACCCCCAACAUCACCUACAGCCCCGCAAACAAGGUGGCCCAGAUCUCGGGGCUGGGGCUGGUCCUGGGCCGCUCCUACGUCGUGCGCUGGAUCCUGGGGACCCCCCCCCGGGAGAAAUUCGACUGCGACCCCAACCCCGGCGCGUCCCAGGAGAAGUGUGAGCAGCUCGGCUGCCACUGGAGCGAGGACACCUCGGAGGCGCACGUCCCCUUCUGCUACUACGACGGCUCCGAAAACCCCUACUCCGUCGGUGACGUCACCUACACGUCCCAGGGGGUCAGCGCCAACCUCACCCUCCAAAACACCCGAAACGCCCCCAAAUCUACCCCCAAGUCCAUGACGCCCAUCAGCACCCUCCGCCUGGAGGUGAAGUAUCACAACGACCAUUUGCUGCAGUUUAAGAUUUACGAUUACGCCAAACCGAGGUACGAGGUGCCGGUGCCCCUGACCCUCCCCCCGGCCCCCGAGGGCUCGGCCCAGGGUCGUCUCUACGAGGUCGGGGUCCAGACCCGGCCCUUCGGGGUCCAGAUCCGCCGCCGCAGCACCGGGACCGUCAUCUGGGAUUCGCAGCUCCCGACUUUCACCUUCAGCGACAUGUUCCUCCAGAUCUCCACCCGUUUGCCCUCCCAGUAUUUGUACGGAUUUGGGGAGUCGGAGCACCCCACGUUCCACCACAACCUGAGCUGGCACACCUGGGGCAUGUUCGCCCGCGACCAACCUCCUGGGUACAAGCUGAAUUCCUACGGUUUCCAACCCUUCUACAUGGGGCUGGAGGAGGACGGCAACGCCCACGGGGUUCUCCUGCUCAACAGCAACGCCAUGGAUGUGACCUUCCAGCCCACCCCCGCCCUCACCUACCGCACCACGGGGGGCGUCUUGGACUUCUACGUGGUCCUGGGCCCCACGCCGGAGCUGGUGGUGGAGCAGUACACGGCGGAGGACACCUCGGAGGCGCACGUCCCCUUCUGCUACUACGACGGCUCCGAAAACCCCUACUCCGUCGGUGACGUCACCUACACGUCCCAGGGGGUCAGCGCCAACCUCACCCUCCAAAACACCCGAAACGCCCCCAAAUCUACCCCCAAGUCCAUGACGCCCAUCAGCACCCUCCGCCUGGAGGUGAAGUAUCACAACGACCAUUUGCUGCAGUUUAAGAUUUACGAUUACGCCAAACCGAGGUACGAGGUGCCGGUGCCCCUGACCCUCCCCCCGGCCCCCGAGGGCUCGGCCCAGGGUCGUCUCUACGAGGUCGGGGUCCAGACCCGGCCCUUCGGGGUCCAGAUCCGUCGUCGCAGCACCGGGACCGUCAUCUGGGAUUCGCAGCUCCCGACUUUCACCUUCAGCGACAUGUUCCUCCAGAUCUCCACCCGUUUGCCCUCCCAAUAUUUGUACGGAUUUGGGGAGUCGGAGCACCCCACGUUCCACCACAACCUGAGCUGGCACACCUGGGGCAUGUUCGCCCGCGACCAACCUCCUGGGUACAAGCUGAAUUCCUACGGUUUCCAACCCUUCUACAUGGGGCUGGAGGAGGACGGCAACGCCCACGGGGUUCUCCUGCUCAACAGCAACGCCAUGGAUGUGACCUUCCAGCCCACCCCCGCCCUCACCUACCGCACCACGGGGGGCGUCUUGGACUUCUACGUGGUCCUGGGCCCCACGCCGGAGCUGGUGGUGGAGCAGUACACGGCGCUGGUGGGGCGCCCGGUGAUGCCGCCCUACUGGGCUCUGGGCUUCCAGUUGUGCCGCUACGGCUACGAAAACGACACCGAAAUCGCCAAAUUGGUGGAAGACAUGAAAGCCGCCCAAAUCCCCUACGACGUCCAGUACGCGGAUAUCGACUACAUGGAACGGCAGUUGGAUUUCACCCUAAAUCCCCGUUUUUCGGGGUUGCCCGCCCUCAUCGAUAAAAUCCGAGGAGAAGGAAUGAGGUUCGUCCUCAUCCUGGAUCCGGCCAUUUCGGGAAAUGAGACCAAUUACCCAGCAUUCACCAGGGGGGUGGAGAAGGACGUCUUCAUCAAGUGGCCCAACAGCAGCGACAUCAUCUUCGCCAAGGUCUGGCCAGACCUUCCCAACGUGGUGGUCAACGACUCCCUGGACUGGGACACCCAAGUGGAGCUCUAUCGCGCUUAUGCAGCUUUUCCCGAUUUCUUCCGAAAUUCCACCAUCGAGUGGUGGGCGAGAGAGAUCGCCGAGGUCUACAACAACCCCCAAAACGCCUCCCGCAGCCUCAAAUUCGACGGCCUCUGGAUCGACAUGAACGAACCCUCCAGCUUCGUCCACGGCUCCGUCGGCGGCUGCAGGAACCAGGAGCUGAACUUCCCGCCCUACGUGCCCCAAAUCCUACCGAUUCUUGAACGGAAAUUCUACCGAUUUUUGGACAGAAAUUUUAAUGAUUCAGGGACAGAAAUUUUACCGGCGUUUGAACGGGAAUUCUAA